GCCCGCACCGGCACAUCCGCAUCGCGUCUCUCCAGGGGCGCAGUGGCUGGUUGCGCGCCGUGGGAUGGCGACUUCGGGGGACUCGGAGAUGAGUCCCGGUCCCUUCCGCUCGCUCUGAAUGGUUUUUCGGGGAUGACCGUCAGGCCGAGAAAGCGGGAAGACCUCAAAUAAAGAGAAACAGACGAGAGCGCGGUGACGUUGUUUGGCCACCCGCCGGGGGUGCGCACCGGCCCCGGGGUGGAAUGCUGCUGCCGACGCUGGUGACGUACCUCGCCGGCUGCGCCUUUCUCCUGUCGCCGGUCGGCGAGGGCUGCGGGCCGGGCAGAGGAUACGGCAAGAGGCGGUCGCCGAGGAAGCUGGCCCCGCUCGCCUACAAGCAGUUCAGCCCCAACGUGGCGGAGAAGACGCUGGGGGCCAGCGGGAGGUACGAGGGCAAGAUUACGCGGAACUCGGAGCGCUUUAAAGAGCUCACCCCCAACUACAACCCGGACAUCAUCUUCAAGGAUGAGGAGAAGACAGGUGCAGAUCGCAUGAUGACGCAGCGCUGCAAGGACAAGCUGAACUCGCUGGCCAUUUCGGUGAUGAACCUAUGGCCUGGGAUUCGUCUGCGGGUCACAGAGGGCUGGGACGAGGACGGCCACCAUUCGGAGGAGUCCCUGCACUACGAGGGCCGGGCGGUGGACAUCACCACCUCAGACCGGGACAGGAACAAGUACGCCAUGCUGGCGCGGCUGGCGGUGGAGGCCGGCUUCGACUGGGUCUACUACGAGUCCAAGGCCCACGUCCACUGCAGCGUCAAGUCAGAACACUCCGUGGCAGCCAAGACCGGGGGCUGUUUUCCAGGUGGGGCGUUUGUGACCUUAAAGAACGGGACUCGGAAGUCCAUCCGUGAUCUCCAACUGGGUGAGCAAGUGCUCGCUUCGUCGGGAAGCGAUGGCGGCGGGGAGUUGGUAUACAGCCAAGUUCUGGCCUUCCUGGACCGUGACCCCUCGAGCUGGAAGCUAUUCUACACCAUAAGGACAGUAGCUGGGGCCAGCCUGUCCCUCACGGCCGCCCACCUGCUGUUUGUGUCUGAGGGGAGCUGCUCGGAGGGCGCGGUACCCACCCUCGGCACCAUGAGGACCGUGUAUGCCAGCGACACCAAGCCAGGACAGUGCGUGUUGGUGACGGAGGGUAAAGCGGGACAGAGACAUGGCGAGGGGCGGCUCUCGCGGGUCACCCAGGUGAGCGUGAGGGGAGACAGAGGGGCAUACGCGCCGCUCACCCACCAGGGGACAGUGGUGGUGGACGGGGUGGUGGCGUCAUGCUACGCGGCAGUGAACCAGCAUGCCCUGGCCCACUGGGCCUUCUCGCCGCUGCGCCUGAUGCACAGGUGGACUGGUCACACGGGCAGCCGUGCAAAUGGGCUCCACUGGUACUCGCAGUUCUUACACUGGCUAGGAAGGUUGCUUCUGGAUUCGCAGCACUUCCAUCCUUGGGGCAUGGCUCAGGCCUUGAGGUGAAGCAGGGGGGACUGAUGAACGGAGAGGAAUGGUAGCAGGAGCCAUAAAGAACAGCAGCAGAGCUAGCUCAACGAAUCUGUAUCAUGUAGGGCACACAUGUCAUCUGAACUGCCUGACAGCAACAUGUGCGGGAGCACGUUUAGCAUGGGUGACCCCCAUCCAAGGGGUCCCGACCCUUAACACUGGCACCGUUAACGCAGGUCUACGUAUCCAGUCAGUGGAUUCAGCGGAACCAUGAGCCUCUGAUCUCUAUCAAGAGAUGUACGGGCUCUCUCUGCGAGAGAGGGCUAAGUCUUCUCCUUCACCCCUCAGUUUAUUUUGUAUUUUAUUUUUCUUGUCAGGAGAGGGAGGAGCCGAGCAGUAACUGUGCCAUGAGCGAACACGCCCUUCCACACUGUAAAGUGACAGGCAGCAAAUACGCCAGUGUGCAGAGACGUUUUAAAGAAUUGACUACCGGUCACGUGGGUCCCAGUCCCACGCUGUACAAGAUAUAGCAGAACAUAAAAAUCUUCAUUAAAGAAAAUCAGAUUCUGUUUGAUACGUGUAUUAAUUGUCCUCAGAGAAGAUCUAACAUGACAUUGUGUAAUAAUGCCGCGGUUGAGUAUAAAGAUUGUUAGGACUCAAAGUGGUGUCUAUUUAUGUGUUUUAUGUGUGUUUAUAGAAAUAUAUGAUGUCUAUGAGGUUAUUGUGGGCUUAUGAGAUGUUGAAAGAUCUAUUUUUGAAAUUAAAUAUUAUGGAAAUAAGAUGGA